AUGAAGGUAGAGCAAGUCCUACACAUGAAUGGAGGAGUUGAGAAAACAAGCUAUGCAAACAAUUCCCUACUUCAAAGAGCAGUGAUUUCAAUGGUGAAGCCCAUAGUUGGUGCAAGCAUAGAGGAGCUGUGUUGCACUCUCUUCCCAGAGUGUUUGACAGUAGCGGACUUGGGAUGCUCUUCAGGACCCAACACCCUCUUGGUGGUAUCAGAUAUCAUAGACAGCAUCCACACAACUUACCAAAAACUCAACCGCCCACCUCCAUCACUCCAAGCCUUCUUGAAUGAUCUUCCUGGAAACGAUUUCAACACGGUGUUCAGGUCAUUGCCAAGCUUCUAUAAGAAACUUGAUGAAGAACAUGAGAAGAAGUUUGGGUCAUGUUUUAUUGCAGGAAUGCCUGGUUCUUUCUAUGGCAGGCUCUUCCCCAACAAUUCUCUCCACUUUGUUCACUCUUCUUAUGCUCUCCACUGGAUCUCUGAGGUUCCAAAAGGCUUGGUGACCGAAGAAGGAGAGGGGCUUAACAAGGGGAACAUAUAUAUAGCAAAGACAAGCCCUCCAGCUGUGUUUAAGCAAUACUUGGAGCAAUUCAAAAGGGACUUCACGGUCUUUUUGAGGUCACGUGCCGAAGAGCUCGUCCCUGGGGGCAGUAUGGUCCUCACAACCCUGGGCAGCAGUAAGAGUGACGAUCCCCACUGCAUUUGGGAAUUUGUAGGAAUGAAACUCAAUGACAUGGUUUUAGAGGGUUUGAUUGGUGAGGAAAAAUUGGACGCAUUCAAUAUGCCAUUCUAUACACCUACAACGAAGGAGAUAGAAGAGGUGAUCCAGGCUGAAGGAUCAUUUACUUUGCAAAACCUUGAAGUUUUCAAAAAUGAUUGGGACUCUUAUAUAAAGCAAGCUAAUAGUGGCCUUGAUAAGAAGACAAGGGCUGCAAUAUUUGCCACUCACAUAAGGGCUGUGGCAGAGCCGAUUCUGGUGAUCCAAUUCGGAGAAGAAGCUAUGGACGAUUUGUUUCGUAGGUUUGAAGAUGUUCUUGAUCACAUGGAAAGGGAGAACCGCCAGUACAUUAUCCUGGUUAUCUCGUUGACAAAGAAGCGUUGGUGA